GAAAUGAAGAGCUCCGUGACGUUUGUGCUGUGCCUCUUCUUCGUGGUGGCCCGGGUGACGGGCCGCGCUUCCGUGCCAAUAGAGGAGACCAUCAUAAUAGAAGAAAAUGAGGCCCCUUACACCAUCGAAGAAGCUAUUGUAGAAGAAUCGCCAGCAAUAUUGAAAUCAACAGACAUUCAGGAAGAAUUCAAUCAGAAUACAACCAUUGAAGACAUGCCACAGGCGAGAAUUUUAUACAACGGGAGCCAGUUGUGGAAAGCGUACAUCGACACUACAGAAAAAAUAGUGGUUCUAACUAAAUUACGGGAUGAGAACGACAUAUCGAUGUGGGGGGGGAACACAAAUUCUAUCGACAUCCUCGUGAAACCUAAAUCUCUCGGAAAAGUCGACACAGUCCUGAGACGGCAAAAUAUCCAAUACGAAGUCCUGAUAGAUGAUUUGCAGAGGGCCAUAGACGAAGAGAAUCCUCCAGAAGAACACGAAAAUGAGGAUCGCACAGGUCAUCGUCUUACUUGGCAGUCCUAUCACAGACUUGAGGACAUACAUGAAUAUUUGGACUAUUUAGCCGAAACUUAUCCCAAACUAUGCUCAGUGGAAACUAUAGGACACUCGGUUCAGAGACGGCCAAUAAAGCUGUUGAAAAUUUCGAACGGCAACAAAGGCAACAAGGCAGUCUGGAUCGACGGAGGCAUACAUGCAAGGGAAUGGAUAAGUCCUGCAACAGUGACUUAUAUAAUCAACAACAUCGUGUUAAAUUUCGAAAAUGAGCCGAAAUAUAUCCAGAACAUCGACUGGUACGUGGCUCCGGUCCUGAAUCCCGAUGGUUACGAAUACAGUCACACCAUCGACAGGUUAUGGAGGAAAAACAGGGCUAGAGCAGGAACGUGUUCCGGAACUGAUCUCAACAGGAAUUUCGGGUACCGGUGGGGUGGGCAAGGCUCCUCCAAGAAUCCUUGUGCUGAAACCUAUGGAGGGUCGGGAGCUUUUUCAGAGCCAGAAACAGCUGCAAUUCAGCGAUUUAUUACAGGAACUCCUGCAAAAUGGGGAGCCUACAUUUCCUUCCACUCAUACGGGCAGUACAUCCUGUACCCUUGGGGUUACAACAGGGUGGUACCACCAGACCACAAAGACCUCGAGACAGUAGGCAGACAAGCAGCUGCCGCCAUCAGGUCUACCACGGGGUCGUCAUAUAGGGUCGGCCCAGCUGCUAAUACUUUGUACCCAGCAGCGGGCGGGUCGGACGACUGGGCCAAGGGGUCUGCUGGCAUUAAAUAUGCAUACACGAUCGAAUUGAGAGACAAUGGAAGGUAUGGUUUUGUGCUUCCAGCAAGUUAUAUUAACCCUACUGCUAAAGAAAGUUUAGCAGCAGUUCGAGUGAUUGCCCAGGCAGCAGGGAAAGUCUAGAUAAUUACCUUGUAAAGAUGUUAACAAGGAUAAUACGUCUAAUGUGAAAGUGCUUUCACUGAUCACGUUCAGUUCUAACUAACGAUGAACCUACUUUUGUUAUUUAUGUUGGUUGUAAGUUUUUUAUUUAUUAAAUAAAUAUUAUUUAUUUUUA